GCUGCUGCCCGACUGGGCAGGCGACACGGCCCCGGGGGGCCAGGCGUCCCCGGAAGGGGCGGCCAGAUCCUGCCCGCUGCCGAACCGCACCGGGGACAGCGGCACAGGGGCUCCGCUGUCGCCAGCCCCCCGCGCGGACACCGCCGACCCAGCCCGGCACACUCGGAGCAGCAGGCGGGCGGCACGGCGGGGAGCUCAGCCGGAGCCAUGGCAUCGCAGCUGGAAGGGGCCAUGGAGACGCUCAUCAACGUCUUCCACCAUUACUCGGGCAAAGAGGGGGACAAGUACAAGCUGAGCAAGAAGGAGCUGAAGGAGCUGCUGCAGAGCGAGCUGGGCUGCUUCCUGGAGACCCAGAAGGACACGGGUGCCGUGGAGAAGAUCAUGCAGGACCUGGAUGAGAACGGCGACGGGGAGGUGGACUUCCAGGAAUACGUGGUCCUGGUGGCCGCCCUCACCGUGGCCUGCAACACCUUCUUCUGGGAGAACGCCUGACCCAGGCCGGUCCCCACCCCGCAGCAGCUAGCCGUGGUGUCCCCAAAACGCAGAGCCCCCCGCCAUCCCCCCCAGCUCACCCUCUGCUCCCCAGCACAUCCAGGGAAUCCCACUGGGAUCCAGCUGCACAAUAAAGGCACCGACCCAGCCAGAAGCGUAUUGUCAG